CGGAAUCUGUGGGUGGGGAUGGAGUUGGACACCAAGGUGAGAUGGAAUCUGUGGGUGGGGAUGGAGUUGGGCAUCAAGGUGAGACGGAAUCUGUGGGUGGGGAUGGAGUUGGGCACCAAGGUGAGACGGAAUCUGUGGGUGGGGAUGGAGUUGGGCAUCAAGGUGAGACGGAAUCUGUGGGUGGGGAUUGAGUUGGGCAUCAAGGUGAGACGGAAUCUGUGGGUGGGGAUGGAGUUGGGCACCAAGGUGAGACGGAAUCUGUGGGUGGGGAUGGAAUUGGGCAUCAAGGUGAGACGGAAUCUGUGGGUGGGAAUGGAGUUGGGCAUCAAGGUGAGACGGAAUCUGUGGGUGGGGAUUGAGUUGGGCAUCAAGGUGAGACGGAAUCUGUGGGUGGGGAUGGAGUUGGGCAUCAAGGUGAGACGGAAUCUGUGGGUGGGGAUGGAGUUGGGCACCAAGGUGAGACGGAAUCUGUGGGUGGGGAUUGAGUUGGGCAUCAAGGUGAGACGGAAUCUGUGGGUGGGGAUGGAGUUGGGCACCAAGGUGAGACGGAAUCUGUGGGUGGGGAUGUAGUUGGGCAUCAAGGUGAGACGGAAUCUGUGGGUGGGGAUGGAGUUGGGCAUCAAGGUGAGACGGAAUCUGUGGGUGGGGAUGGAGUUGGGCAUCAAGGUGAGACGGAAUCUGUGGGUGGGGAUGGAGUUGGGCACCAAGGUGAGACGGAAUCUGUGGGUGGGGAUUGAGUUGGGCAUCAAGGUGAGACGGAAUCUGUGGGUGGGGAUGGAGUUGGGCACCAAGGUGAGACGGAAUCUGUGGGUGGGGAUGUAGUUGGGCAUCAAGGUGAGACGGAAUCUGUGGGUGGGGAUGGAGUUGGGCAUCAAGGUGAGACGGAAUCUGUGGGUGGGGAUGGGAGUUGGGCACAAAGGUGAGACAGAAUCUGUGGGUGGGGAUGGAGUUGGGCAUCAAGGUGAGACGGAAUCUGUGGGUGGGGAUGGAGUUGGGCAUCAAGGUGAGACGGAAUCUGUGGGUGGGGAUGGAGUUGGGCAUCAAGGUGAGACGGAAUCUGUGGGUGGGGAUGGAGUUGGGCAUCAAGGUGAGACGGAAUCUGUGGGUGGGGAUGGAGUUGGGCACCAAGGUGAGACGGAAUCUGUGGGUGGGGAUUGAGUUGGGCAUCAAGGUGAGACGGAAUCUGUGGGUGGGGAUGGAGUUGGGCACCAAGGUGAGACGGAAUCUGUGGGUGGGGAUGUAGUUGGGCAUCAAGGUGAGACGGAAUCUGUGGGUGGGGAUGGAGUUGGGCAUCAAGGUGAGACGGAAUCUGUGGGUGGGGAUGGGAGUUGGGCACAAAGGUGAGACAGAAUCUGUGGGUGGGGAUGGAGUUGGGCAUCAAGGUGAGACGGAAUCUGUGGGUGGGGAUGGAGUUGGGCACAAAGGUGAGACGGAAUCUGUGGGUGGGGAUGGAGUUGGGCACAAAGGUGAGACGGAAUCUGUGGGUGGGGAUGGAGUUGGGCAUCAAGGUGUACUAUAGUACACUGACAGCAUGGGGCAUGGCUCAUGCUACCAAUCACUGGAUUGUCCGGUCCAGACUCCCAAUAUGUACAGGCCACUAUUUUAUAGCUGAAAUAUUGCUGAGUGUGGCAGACAGUUUUCAAUGGUUGUUAAUUUCUGUGUGAACCAAGAUCAAUUGCAUAUUGCUCUUUGAUAACGUUGCGCUCCACACGAGGAUGAAAUAGAAUUCUGUCAUUUCUUAUUCUGUAUGGCUGAGGCUGAGGCUCAGGUUAAAUUGAUACACUUUCUGAUUCGUCCAUCCAAUGUGUCCAUCCCACAAACCCAGAUGCAAUGUGCUACAGGACAUUACUAACAUAUUUUCUCUAUUAUACAUCAUAUUCUCAGACAUGUCAUUCUGGCAGCAUGCACAUGUGUCUUCUCUCUGUUCUUUGCAAACUUUGACUAACUUCAUGCUUGCCUGUCUGA